CAGGCAUGCCACCCCAUGGCCCCGAAGGCCUUUGGCGCCAAAGACUCGCCCUCGGCGAUGGAGCUGCGGGAGGAGCUUGCGCGGCCCGCACAGCCCAGACCACCUGAGCUGCCCAGCUCGGACGAGGAGACCACUGCCACCUCCAGCCCCAGAGACAGCCGCAUUGAGACGCUGUCUCAGAUGGAGCUGACACUGGCGCGGCAGGUGAGUCGCUUUGAAGAGGCGGUGCGCGCCGCCGAUAGCGACUACAAGGAACUUCUGAAGUUCUUCGGCCAAGAGAACUCCAGGCCGGGGGGAUCUUCGCUGCUGGAGUCGCUGAAUGACUUCUGUGGCCAAGUGCGGAGUGCCUGGGAGGACCUCGAGCGCGCCGAGAAGCGCCGGCCCAAGUCCGUCACCACGCCCCGGAAGCCGCAGCCUACGCCCCGGCGCCGAGAUCCGAAGGACGCCGAGGCGGCGACCGCGGCGGCGGUGAGGGAAGCGAUGGCCCAGGAGCCGCAGGAGUCGCGAGACGACCAGCAGAAGCAAUGGCAAAGGCUUUGGUCCAUGCGGAACGACGUGGGCGCAUGAUGGCGGAGACUAGAGGAGACUGUUCCCUAU